ACUUCCGUCAAAACUAAAAACAAACCUAGGGAAGCGGUCGUUGAACGCUAUACCCGUGAUGUACUUUAUCAGCAAAACGUAAAAUAAUGUCACGUUGCGAAGGGGCAUAACGAGCUCGCCGUUCCAAGCUGCAGCUUUUGCGAUCGCGUUAUCUUCCUCCGAAAAAUGGAGGCUGGCACCCUGGUGUCUGACAGAGAAGAUGUCUCUGUGCUCUUCGAACAACAAAAACAUUCCAGAAAAUGUCAAGAAUUGAGCGGCUUGUUCUCCUCCGUGAGGAGAGUGCGAGGCGAUGGAAAUUGUUUUUACAGAGCCUUUUGUUUCGCCUAUCUGGAGUCACUUCUGCACGAUGUUAAGGCUUUGCAAAGAUUCAAGGAGAAAAUCAUCACGACCAGCGAACACCUCUCCUCUGCAGGAUUUGACCAGAGUUCCUUCCAGCUCCACUUGAACACAGUCCUCAACGUCAUCGAGCACUGCGAGGGAAGCGAACAGGAUGAAAUGCUGUUCAGGUUCUUCAACGACCGCAUGACCUCGGACAGUGUGGUGCAGUACCUGCGCCUGCUCACCUCCGCACACCUGCAGAACCACGCAGAUGACUUCUGUAACUUUGUAGAAGCACCCAGUCUGCAGGUCUACUGUCAUCAAGAAGUAGAAGCCAUGGGGAUGGAAUGUGACCAUGUGGACAUCCUGGCUCUGACUCAGGCGCUGGAUAUCUGCAUCCAUAUUGUCUCAAUGGACGGCGAAGAUGGGCAGUUGGUGCACCACGUUAUCCCUGAUGGGGCCGAGCCCUCCAUGCACCUCCUCCACCACGUAUCCCACUUUAGCAUUCUGGGCCCACGACCGCCACCCUGACUGCUCCACACCCAAUCGCAGACAUGUGGACUGUGAUUCAGUUUAAUUCUGAAAAGAGCAUUUUAGGAUGUGACUUCUCUUCAUACAACCGCAAAUAUUUUUAAAAAAUUAUUUAAUGACAACAACGAUGUACUGUCCUAGCCAAAACUAUCAUGUAGCGCUAACAAAUUGUCCAAUCAAAUUUUAGAGAUUACUACUUCUCAUACCAGCUUUUAUGUCUAUUAUAUACCCUCAGUUUUAUUAAUGUGAGUCAAUUUAUUUCUUUUGCAUUCCAAGUUGUGUGUAAUUAGUGAAAUAAUUAUAAUUUGCCAUUAAAAUAAUUGUUUUUAAUGAGGCAAAA